AUGCAGCCUGCCCCCUCCAACCUCUCCUCCUUCCGGCCGGCCUCUUUCCUGCUCCUGGGCAUCCCCAGCCUGGAAUCGCUGCACGUCUGGCUGGCUCUGCCCUUCUGCUCCAUGUACUUGAUGGCCCUGCUGGGGAACUGCACGAUUUUCCUGGUCAUCAAGACAGACCCAAGUCUGCACCAGCCCAUGUACCUCUUCCUCUCCAUGCUGCCCCUCACUGACCUGGUGCUGUCCACCUCCGCCAUGCCCAAGAUGCUGGCCAUAUUCUGGCUGGGCGCCAGGCGCAUUGGCUUUAGUGCCUGCCUGGCCCAGAUGUUCCUCAUCCACUCGUUCACUGCCAUGGAGUCCGGGUUCUUCCUAGCCAUGGCGUACGACCGCUAUGUGGCCAUUUGCAACCCCCUGCAGCACAUCACUACCCUCACAGGAGCCCGCAUUGCAGUGAUUGGCGGUGCAGUGUUGGCACGGGGCGUGAUGUUCUUCUCCCCGCACCCAUUCCUGGUGAGCCAGCUUCCCUUCUGCAACUCCAAAGUCAUUGCCCACAGCUACUGUGAGUUUAUGGCCGUGGUGAAACUCGCCUGUGCAGACACAGUCGUCACAAAGGCAUACAGCCUGACCGUGGCAUCCCUCAUUGGAGCCAUUGAUGUUCUCUUCAUUGGGAUGUCCUAUGGGCUGAUCUUGCGCACUGUCUGCCACCUGCCCUCCAAAGAGGCUGGCCUGAAGGCCCUGGGGACCUGUGGGUCCCACAUCUGUGUCAUCCUUAUUUUCUACACCACAGCUGUCUUCUCUUUCCUCUCCCACCGCUUCAGCCACGGCAGCAUCCCACAUCACGUCCACAUCCUCAUCGCCAACAUCUACCUGCUGGUGCCACCAACGCUGAACCCCAUUAUCUAUGGGGUGAGGACUAAGCAAAUCCGGAGGCGGGUGCUGCAGGGUCUCCACUUGAAGGCUGCCUGA